CUCUUUCCCUCCAUGUCGUCGCCCCCACCGGGGAGCAGCCAAGACGGCUAUCCCUCCGACUCCACUCCACCCUCCGUAGACGCCCAUCCUAAUGACCCAUUCAGCACCCUGAAUGGCUCUGGUCGACGAUACUACGACAACGAUGACCUUGAAUACCCAAGUGUUGGUCGAAGAGAUACCUAUGUCUCGACAGAUUAUGACCGUGCCAGCUCUUAUGACCCAUACGUCCCGCACGACACCGACUCUGAUGGCGACAACUAUGCCCAACGCUACACGACCUCUGCCGAGUCUCUUAGUGCCCAGAGAGCUGCUCAUGCGUCGACACCAACAUUCAGCGAGUACGCUAGCCCAUAUCCACCGGAGGCUUAUCCCGCCUGGUCGACCGACCGCCAGAUUCCGUUGUCCAAGGAGGAGAUAGAGGACAUCUUUUUGGACCUCACUCAGAAAUUUGGAUUUCAGCGCGACUCCAUGCGGAAUAUGUUCGAUUUUCUGAUGCAACAACUCGACUCCCGAGCGUCCCGGAUGUCCCCAAAUCAAGCCUUACUAACUCUUCAUGCGGACUACAUCGGUGGCCAACACGCAAACUACCGCAAGUGGUAUUUUGCCGCUCAACUUGACCUUGACGAUGCCGUCGGUAACACACAAAAUCCGGGCCUCAAUCGUCUCAAAUCGCAGAAGGGCAAGACAAGUGGGGCCAGGCCAGGUCGCGAGAAGGCUCUCAGUACAGCUCUUGAACGGUGGCGUUUGGCUAUGCACAAUAUGAGCCAAUACGACCGACUCCGACAAAUUGCACUCUACCUGCUUGUUUGGGGCGAGAGUGCUCAAGUGCGAUUCUGCCCUGAAGCUCUCUGCUUCAUUUUCAAGUGCGCGGAUGAUUACUACCGUUCUCCAGAGUGCCAAAAUCGGAUGGACCCAAUACCUGAAGGGAUGUACUUGCGUUCGGUUGUACGACCGUUAUAUCGCUUCAUUCGCGACCAGGGUUACGAGGUUUCUGAAGGAAAGUUUGUGAGGAGGGAGCGGGAUCAUGACGAGAUAAUCGGUUAUGACGAUGUCAACCAACUGUUCUGGUACCCUGAAGGAAUUGCGCGCAUUGUUUUGCAAGACAAGACGCGUCUGGUUGAUAUCGCUCCCCCUAAGCGUUUUAUGCAAUUUGAUCGCAUUGACUGGAAUCGGGCGUUUUUCAAGACCUACUACGAAAGGCGAUCGUUUGGCCACCUCCUUGUCAAUUUCAACCGCGUCUGGGUCAUCCACAUCUCAAUGUACUUUUUCUACACCUCGUACAACUCCACUCCGGUCUACGCCAUCGGCAACAAGGUUGUUCCGGCCCUGAGAUGGAGCGCUGUUGCGCUCGGUGGUGCGGUCGCAACUAUUAUCAUGAUUCUCGCCACUCUCGCGGAAUUUUCGUACAUCCCCACCACAUGGAACAAUACUUCCCAUCUCACCAGGCGUCUACUCUUCCUCGUAGUCAUCCUUGCCCUUACUGCUGGACCGACUUUCUAUAUUGCGGCUGUCUCCAGAAACGGUAGUACUGGCCAGGUCCCUCUCAUCAUCGGCAUUGUGCAGUUCUGCAUCUCCGCCAUAGUCACCGUCGUUUUCGCUAUUGUCCCUUCUGGGCGGAUGUUUGGCGACCGCGUUGCAGGCAAGAGCAGGAAAUAUCUCGCUAGUCAAACCUUCACUGCUUCAUACCCUCACAUGGGUGCUAAGAGCCGGUUUGCCUCGAUUCUUCUCUGGGUUCUUGUUUUCGGCUGCAAAUUUGUCGAAUCUUACUUCUAUCUGACCCUCUCGUUCCGGGCGCCCAUCGUCGAAAUGGUCGGGAUGAAGAUCCAGGGCUGCAACGACAAGUUUUUUGGCAAUAACUUGUGCCGAAACCACGUCGCGUUCACGUUAGCCAUCAUGUAUAUCAUGGAACUCGUCCUCUAUUUCCUCGACACAUUCCUGUGGUAUGUCAUCUGGAAUACGGUCUUCAGCAUUGGGCGGUCUUUCACACUCGGCUUGUCUAUCUGGACACCUUGGGGCGACAUUUACCAACGCUUGCCAAAAAGGAUUUAUGCCAAGUUGUUGGCGACCACUGAUAUGGAGACAAAGUACAAACCAAAGGUUCUUGUGUCCCAAAUUUGGAACGCCAUCAUUAUAUCCAUGUAUCGCGAACAUCUGCUGUCCAUCGACCACGUUCAGAAAUUGCUCUACCAUCAAGUUGACGCGGCUAACGGUCGCCGAAGCCUUCGCGCCCCUCCUUUCUUCACCGGUGAAGGCUCUUCAGACAAAUUCCUCCCACACAACAGUGAAGCGGAACGCCGAAUCUCGUUCUUUGCUCAGAGUUUGACUACCGCCAUUCCCGCGCCGAUACCGGUCGACGCGAUGCCGACUUUCACUGUUCUCACUCCGCAUUACAGUGAGAAGAUAUUGCUUUCCUUGAGGGAGAUCAUUCGGGAGGAAGACAAGAAUGCCCGCGUCACUCUCCUCGAAUAUCUCAAGCAGCUGCACCCGGUCGACUGGGAAAAUUUCGUCAAGGACACCAAGAUUCUUGCAGAGGAGUCGGCGAUGAUGACUGGCACAAUGCCAUUUUCGCCCCACGACGAGAAGGCUGCAAGUAAAGCUGACGACCUGCCGUUUUACUUCAUUGGUUUCAAGAGCGCUGCCCCUGAAUUUACGCUGCGGACUCGGAUUUGGAGUUCUCUCCGAGCACAGACUCUAUACCGCACAGUGUCUGGUAUGAUGAACUACUCCAAAGCCAUCAAGCUCCUUUAUCGCGUCGAAAACCCGGACGUUGUUCAGCACUAUGGUACCAAUCCAGACAAACUGGAGCGUGAGCUGGAACGAAUGGCAAGGAGAAAAUUCAAAUUCGUCGUUUCGAUGCAACGUUACAGCAAGUUCAACAAGGAAGAGCAGGAGAAUGCAGAGUUCUUAUUACGCGCCUAUCCGGAUCUUCAAAUCGCUUAUCUUGAGGAGGAGCCCCCUAAACGCGAAGGCGGCGAGCCUAGAAUCUUCUCGGUCCUCAUCGAUGGACACAGCGAGUUUAUUGGCGACACUGGUCGUCGUCGGCCCAAGUUCCGCAUCGAAUUACCUGGUAACCCGAUUCUCGGUGACGGCAAAUCGGACAACCAGAACCACGCAAUCAUUUUCUACCGCGGAGAAUACUUGCAGCUCAUCGACGCCAAUCAGGACAAUUAUCUCGAAGAAUGUCUCAAGAUUCGUAACAUACUUGGCGAGUUCGAAGAGUUCCAGGUGGAGGAAACCAGUCCAUAUUCGCGUUGGGACACCAAUCCCAAGAAUUUCAGCAAAACGGCGCCUGUCGCGAUCGUUGGCGCCCGCGAAUAUAUCUUCUCGGAAAACAUCGGCAUUCUUGGAGAUGUUGCUGCCGGAAAGGAGCAAACAUUCGGUACUCUGGCUGCUCGAUCAAUGGCCUGGAUUGGAGGCAAGUUGCAUUACGGCCACCCGGAUUUCCUGAAUGCGCUGUAUAUGACAACCCGCGGCGGUGUUUCCAAGGCUCAAAAGGGUUUGCAUCUCAACGAAGAUAUCUAUGCUGGGAUGAAUGCUUUCGGUCGUGGAGGGCGUAUCAAACACACCGAGUACUAUCAAUGCGGCAAGGGACGUGACCUUGGAUUCGGAACUAUUCUCAACUUCCAGACUAAGAUCGGCACGGGAAUGGGAGAGCAAAUGUUGAGUCGCGAGUACUACUACAUGGGCACACAACUCCCCAUCGACCGUUUCCUGACGUUCUACUACAACCACCCUGGAUUCCAUAUCAACAACAUGUUGGUCAUCUUGUCAGUUCAAGUCUUCAUAUUGACGAUGGUUUUCCUGGGAACCUUGAACGAGUCGAUCACGAUUUGUCGUUACACUGGCUCAGGCCAGUUCAGGGCUGGUCAAUCGGGUUGCUAUAAUCUGAUCAAUGUCUUUGGGUGGAUUCGUCGCUGCAUCAUCAGUAUUUUCUUGGUAUUCAUGAUUUCGUUCUUGCCGUUGUUCUUACAAGAGCUUGUUGAGCGUGGAACAUGGAAGGCUGUCUCACGACUAGUCAAACAAUUCGCAUCGCUCUCGCCCAUUUUCGAAGUUUUCUCCACUCAAAUAUACACUCACUCGAUCUUGAGUAACUUGACAUUCGGUGGAGCUCGCUACAUUGCCACAGGACGAGGCUUUGCGACCAGCAGGAUGCACUUCAGCACACUCUUCUCGCGCUUCGCUGGUCCUAGUAUCUACCUUGGGAUGCGGACAUUGAUAAUGUUGCUCUACGUGACGUUGUCGAUGUGGACGCCAUACCUAAUCUACUUCUGGGCUUCCAUUCUCUCUCUGUGUGUCGCCCCGUUCCUCUUCAACCCGCAUCAAUUUGUCUUUUCGGAAUGGGUCGUGGAUUAUCGGGAAUUUUUGCGAUGGAUGAUGAGGGGAAACUCCCGAUCACAUGUCAACUCAUGGAUUGGGUACUGUCGUUUGACGCGCACAAUGAUUACUGGCUACAAGAAGAAGAAACUCGGCCACCCAUCGGAGAAACUUUCUGGAGACGUCCCGCGAGCUGGUUGGCGCGCCGUUUUGUGGACUGAAGUGCUCUUCCCCAGCGUCAUGGCCGUCUUGUUCGUCAUCGCAUACAUGUUCGUCAAGUCAUUCCCAGUCGAUGGGAAAUUCCCGCCCAGCCCACUCGUCCGAAUCCUCGUAAUUUCUCUGGGGCCUAUUGCUUGGAAUGCGCUUGUUCUCCUGCUGCUUUUCCUUUGCUCUAUCUCCCUCGGUCCGAUGCUUGAUUCUAUGUUCCCGAUGUUUGGCUCAGUCAUAGCCUUCAUCGCCCAUGUGUUGGGAACUCUUGGGAUGAUUGCAUUCUUUGAAUUCUUCUGGUUCCUGGAGCUAUGGAAUGUGUCACAUGCUGUUUUGGGGCUGAUUACCAUUAUCGCCAUCCAGCGAGCCGUUCAUAAGAUUCUCAUUUCCGUGUUCUUGUCUCGGGAAUUCAAGCACGAUGAGACCAAUCGGGCGUGGUGGACCGGUCGAUGGUACGGUAGGGGGCUGGGAACACAUGUCAUGUCGCAGCCUGCUCGGGAGUUUGUUGUCAAGAUUAUGGAACUCUCAUUAUGGAGUUCCGACCUCAUUCUUGGACAUAUCCUGCUGCUCAUGCUGACUCCACCUGUGUUGAUCCCCUACUUCGACCGACUUCACAACACUAUGUUGUUCUGGUUACGACCUUCAAAACAGAUCCGCGCUCCUUUGUACUCCCUCAAGCAACGACGACAACGGCGGUGGAUCAUCAUCAAGUAUGGUAUCAUCUAUGUAUUAGUCGUCGCCUUCAUCGUCUGCCUCAUUGCUCUGCCUGUCGUUUUCCGCACCUCUCUUCAUUUGGACUGUUCCAUUUGUCAAAACUUAUAA